AUGGAUUUGUUUGUGGAUGCUAUCGACUCCAAGAUUCAGGCGUCCGACAAGUAUCAGAAAGGCUUAAAAAUUAACAAAAAGAGAAAAAAAUCAAAGUCGGACGGCUUAGAAGAAAAAAAUAAGCCUGAAAGCUCAGAUAAUAAACAGGAUAAAGCCAAGAGUUCAAGCACUAGUAAAAACGACAGGCCCUCAAAUACUGGUGUUAAAAAAGGUGAUAAACCAUCUAACUCGGCUCCCAAAAAGAAUCAUAAAUUGGAACACUCAAAUGUUUAUAAGAAGGAUAGGUUAAUACAUUCCGAUAAUAAAAGGGAAAAGUUAAUAAGUCCAAGUCCUAAAAAGUAUAAACCAGGAAAUUCUAAUUUUAAACCUAGGGGGAAAUCUACAAAAACCAGCACAAGGUUUACCAAUGAAUCUAAGGAAUCUACUACCAAGGAGGUUAAAUCGCCUAGCUCCAAUGGUACUAAUGAGUUUAAUUCAUCCAGUUCCUAUAGUAGUAGUGAGGAUAAAUCACCAAGUUCAGAUUCUAGUAAGGAUGAGGAACCUUCUUUGUUUCUGAAUACUCUUAUUGCUUCAUGUACUGAAGUUGUAAGAUCAGCUAACUUGAUUUCUAAUCCUGUAUACCGUGAGUUUGCAGCUACUCCAUCGAACUCUAAGAAGCUAUCACACCUUAAGGAUAUGUACGAAGGUUCUGUGGUCAAAAUUGAGAAUAUGAUCAGGAAACUCACCUCAGAUCACGUCUUUGACGAGAAUACAAGUUACGUAGAUGUUCUGUUUGACGAGAUUGAAUGUGGACUAAAGAAGCAUAAUAGGACUGAGUACUCAAGAGAGCUCUCAGAGCCCGUAGAAAAUACAAAGCUUCAGAAGAAACCACAGAGUCACGACAACAGUAGUGUUAAGACCGAGUUGUAUAGGACUGAGAAGGGAUUCAAGAAUCACUUGUUAAACUUGGAGAAUUCAAUUUUGACCACUAAUAGUAUUGACAUUGAUUUGAGGAAUUAUAUUACUGGAGCAAGACCUCAGGACCAGUGGAAAAACCACUAUGACAACUUUUCUACCAGGUUCCAUAACCAUAGCAGGAUUAGGAAGUUUAACAAGAUUGAGCCACAGGUCAAUUACUCCAGUGCCUACAGGGAUACUAAGUUCUUUGACAAGGGAUUUGUUCCUAAGAUUUACCCUAAGCAUGAAUUUCUAUCCCUAAUUGACAAGGGAGUUCAUGUCAACCCUCACCUGUACUCUCAGGAACUAAACUCACUUUACUGGUCAGAGGAUAAGAAACAUAAUACUCAUCAAGGCUUUAAUAUUCUCGGUGGUAGUACCAAUAAUUUACUAUCCCCCAGCAAGAAGAAUGCCAAUGGUGUAAGUUUGUCAACUUUGAGCACCAGGACUGAUGAAUCAAGUCCAGACAAGAUCAGGUAUAAAAUAAUUGAUAACGAGGCUGACUUUAAUUCGAUGUUGGAUAAGUUGAAGAACAUUAGAGUUCUAUCACUGGAUGUAGAACACCAUGACACUGAGACAUACCGAGGCUUCAUAUGUUUAGUACAACUGAGUACUCCAGAAGAGAAUUAUAUCAUUGACCCUUUCAAGAUAUUUGGGAAAAUGAAUAAGCUCAACAGACUCACAACUGAUCCUAAGAUACUAAAGAUCAUGCACGGCGCUUCUAAUGACGUUGUCUGGCUCCAACGUGACUUUAAUAUAUUCGUUGUUAACCUGUUUGAUACCAGAGAAGCUGCUAAGGUUCUUAACCUCGCUGAACAAUCCUUAGCUAAACUCAUUCAAAAGUAUUUCAACAUCAAAUUAAAUAAAAGAUUCCAACUUUCCGAUUGGUCCAAAAGGCCGUUGGAUGCUGAGAUGUUGGACUAUGCGUGUUGCGAUAGUCAUUAUUUAAUACCACUGUAUAGCGCGUUGAAGGAUGAGAUUUUGUCAAAGGAGGAUGGCAGAGUGAAGAUAAUACAAGUGAUGAAUAACGGCAGAGAAACUUGUUUGAAGCAGUAUGUGGAUAGAGGACCAGAGAUUUACAAGAAGUUCAAGUCAAUUUCAAAGAGACAUAAAAUUAGAAUUCCAGAAUUGGACUUUGUAUCAUAUAAUCUGCUUCUGAACCUUAUCGCAUUCAGAAACUUCUUAGCGAGGAAAUUAGAUAAAUCCGAAAAACUCAUCAUCAGAGACUAUCAAAUCGCACUCAUCAUCAAGAGAAUUAGGUUGGGUAAUUAUAAUUAUUUGGUAUCGAAUUUGUGUGAGUUCUUCAGUAAUGUAAAAUUCGAAAUCGAACACGUCAUCAAAAUCAAAAAUUCGAUAGUGAUGAUAUGUAAGAAGUUGAGGAAUAAGGAAUUGAUGCUGAUAAAGCCGGAAUCGAUGUAUUACAUAAUGAGCAGUCUGGAUAUGAAGGGAGGAGACGUUAAAUUGGAAGAGUUCAACAAACUGAAGCACAGCCUGUGCAUACAUAACACCAUCAAAGUGUAUAACAAAUUUGUAGUUGGUGGAUUUUUCAAUAAUGUUUCACCAGCUGAACAUUAUGUAAACCAGUCCCAGGACACCCUUCCAACUGACAUUCAACCAACUAAUGAACCAACUCACAAUGAACCACUCUACAUCCAACACCGUCAAUAUCAGUCAAUUGAAGAUGAACCAAGUCACGAUGAACAAAUGGAGGAUGAAACAAUUGACGGUGAACGGCUUCAAUGUGACCCAACGGAUAAUACAAAAACCGAAUACAUAUCAACUAAUUAUAAAGAUAAAUUGAUAGAUAUGUCUGAAGAUGCAGACGCUGAAGAUGACAAAGAGGACAGAGUUGAGAAAUUGGAUGACAAUCAGAAGAAAAUAGUGGAAAAUGCGGAUAGAGUUGCCAGGCAAGAUGACAAUGUAUCAUUGGAUGAUAUAAUGUCUGAAGAUGAGAAUAAAAGAUCAUUGGUAGAAGAAUCAAAUUUGCUGAGUAGAUGGAAGCGGAAAAAAUUAUAA